AUGAUCACCCCGACAAUCUCCCGAUGCCACGAUGGAAACUCUCUUGGCCCACGCGCAUACAAGGCAUAUAUUUGGUGUACGAUGACUGAUGUUGAAUCCGUCCAUCUCAUACCUCACACUGUCAAUGAUGGACGAAUUACCCUCCAAGUCGGAGAGCGCACAUUCAACACCAAUCGCAACACCUUGAUCGAAGGCAGCCGGUAUUUCGCUGCGCUACUUUCUGGGAGAUGGAGCAACUCGCUGGCUGAUGGCACUUACUUUGUGGACGCGGACGGAGAUUUGUUCGAACAUAUACUUCGAUUCCUUCGACGGGGCGUUUGCCCGCUGUUCUUCGACAACGCAAAAGGCCAUGAUUAUACUGCCUACAUAGCGCUUCUGGAGGAAGCCAAGUACUUUGGAAUUCCGCGACUCGAGGCUUGGCUGCAAACUCGAGAGUACCUCCAUGCCGUGGAAAUACACCAAUCAGUCUUCAAAGAGUCCAAGGUCUUGGGCGAGCUGGAUAAGAUCGAGUCGAAUGUAACGAAGGAUUUUAUCGGUCCUCCUACCUGGUCCAAAACGAUGGCAUGGCAUUGUCCGCAUGGCAUACCUGAACAUUUCCAGCGUCAACGGGCGUGCGAAGACUGGUCGCUGGCAUAUGAUCAUCAUAAUGCUGUUGCGGGACACAACGUUACUACUACGAAAUGGGAAGCAACUGUGCUCCGGAAGGAGAUUGUGUUCAAUGGGGAUAUGUGCGUUGCACGCUAG